AUGACCGAUGCUCUGAUUCCCACAGUUCCAAAUACCACUCGUCAAUUGGCACCUGGUCCGCCACCCGUUCGCUUGUCAACAUACCCAAGCAGCUCAUCAUCAUGCCCACCAAGGCGCAAUAUUAUCAUUGACUCGGCCAGCGGCGCACAACAGGAGAUGCUUGGUUUUGGACACGCUUGGACCGACAGCACCGUCAGUGUGUUCAAGUCCCUGGAUAGUGCUACCCUCGCCCGUGUCCUGGAAGAUCUCUUUGGCCAGAAUGGCAACAACAUGGGCUUUAUGCGACAUACCAUUGGAUCGUCUGACUUGUCAGGCGAACAAUACACCUACGACGACAACGGUCCCAGCUUUAACGAAGGAGAGCCUGACCUCGACCUGUCCAAUUUCAGCCUGGGCCCGUAUGGUACUGGUCAGGCCGAAUUCAUCGCUAAAAUGGGUGCUGUCAAGGGCGAUGUCUUCCUCUUCGGUUCGCCAUGGUCAUAUCCUGGAUGGACAAAGUACAAUGACCUAUUCAUUGCGCCGAAUCUAAAUGUGGACGGGGGUGGAAGCUACAAUAUCCUCAACAACAGCUUCAAUCCAGCGUACGUCCCGCAAAUGGUGGGAUACUUUUCCAAGUACGUCGACGCAUUUCGCGAUAUGGGAGUUCAGGUCAAUGGUAUUACCCCAAUGAAUGAACCGCUGAACUAUCAAGGCGGCUACCCUUGCAUGUUUCUUGACCCAGUAGAUGCAGCAAGCUUGAUCGCUCAGGGUCUCGGUCAGGCAAUGCACGACCGCGGCGUUAUCAUCAUGGCAUAUGACCACAAUACCGAUCAGCCAGUGUAUCCCGCCCGUGUCAUUCAAGGAACGGGUGGUGAGGGCGCUCUUACUGAUGCAGCAGCAUGGCAUUGCUAUGCUGGUCCCGUGGCAAACUACAGCGUAAUGUCGGAUUUUCAUUAUGCCUUCCCCAACACGCUGCAGUUUAUGACGGAAUGCUCCAACUACCUUCCGCAAAGUGGGAGCUGGAAUUUCGAAGUGGCGUCGAAUUUCAUCCCGCCUGUGACGCACGGUGCUUCGGCAGCCGCCAUGUGGGUUAUGGCGACAGAUCAGGAAUAUGGGCCCCAUUCACCGUAUGGUGGAUGUGCUGGCUGCCAGGGAAGCGUUAUUGUGAAUUCAUCCACGCAAUAUACGCUCACGAACGAUUAUUACAUGGUGGGCCAGUUUUCACGUUUCGUCCGUCGAGGCAGUGUGAACUAUCGGAUCCUGGGAGACGGAAACGAGGGCGAUGCGAGACAAGUCAACCAGUUCUAUACUAUGGCGGUGCGCAAUCCAGAUUCGAGCUGGGCGGUGAUUAUGAUGAACAAUAUCGGCAGCGACCAGGAUGUAGUGGUGCGAUUCAACAACGGCGAGACUGACAUGUGGCAAGGGACAGUGCCAAAUGCCACGGUGGUAACAUGGCUGCUGCCGCCUCAGGGUGUUGGUGCUGCUCCUCCUGCUGCGCCCUUUGCGAAUGGGACGGCAUCCACCACCGGAGGAGGGAGUGGAGUGGGAGCAGUGUGUUCGACAGCAAGCACUUCUUCGAGCUCAAGCUCAUCCACUAGUAGCACAAGCACCCUCGAAUUAGUGCCCAACACGACACAUACAAUUGCCUCGUCUACUCUGACUAGCAGCAGCCAUGGCACAAGUGACGAUGCUGAUGGGACCAGAAUGCGGCAAGGCUGA